GAAUCAGAACCAUUUGCGGCGGCUGCUGUAGCACUUGCCUCUAUACAAAGUAUGAAAUGUAACAGUACUUCUACUCUGCUUACUAGAGAGCUUUAUAAGUUUGCUCGCGAAACACUUCAACGUUUCAGACAAGAUCAUCAUGAAGGGGCUCUUCUUUGAACAACAAUUCUCUGCAUAUAUUCAUCAGCUUCGGGAUAUCUGGGUGGCAUAUGCGAGUCGACGAUCAACCUUGAUUCCUCUCGACGCAUGGAGAGUGGCGCAAGAUGAAGCGGUCCAUGGCCUUAAUCAAGAUACUUAUAGUAACCGAGCUAUAUUUAUUACCGCAAGAAUCAUCAACGGGUUGUCUAGAGAGUCGAUUGAUCUGAGCGAAACCAAUCUCCGCAAUCUCUGGGCAGAGUUACAAAGCUGGGUGGUUGAUAGACCACAAACCGUUCGAUGCAUCAUGGAAGUUGAAGCUUCAGGGGAUAAUACUUUCCCAAUUAUUCUUUUUAGUAAUGCACCAGCUGCUUGCGGAAACAUGUACUACCAUAUUGCAUCUAUUUUACUCCUUGCAACGGGAAAAAAAUCUUCUAGAUUCUCCGCCCUAGUAUCACCGGUCUGUCAUGCCCGCCGUAUUAUAGGAAUUUCAAUUACACACAAUGAGCAAGCAACUUUAGUCAAUAGUAUUCAUCUAAUCUGUAUUGCUGCACAACAGAUACCAACUUUUAUUGAGAAGAUAGCUGUAUUAACUCAUCUUAGAAAGAUCGAGGAUGAUACUGGAUGGAAAACUAAGAGACAUAUUCUCGAUUUAGAACACCUAUGGGGCCAAUAGAUAUAGAAGAAUUCGCUUGUUUUGACACUAGAGUAAAUUGUAAUACUCACA